AUGAGUAAAAGGACAAGGACAACUUUGACAUUGAAUUAGGAAACGAAUUAGUCCUCAAAUUAGACUAGAAAAUCGUCAAUUUAAGUUAUCAAUUUUAACCAACAAGAUGUAAAUUAGAAUCAGGAUAAGAUUUAUUUUUCAACUCGUCAAGGCUCUCCAAAAAAACACAGACACACUAAAAGUUUAGGGGAUACUUUAAUGAAAUCUACGUCAUAGAAAUUAAUAAAAACUACCCAAAGAGAUUUUUAAGAGACUAACAUAAUUAAGGAAGGGGCCUUAUAUAAGAAGAUUUCUCCGAAAGUGAUCUUCUAGAAUGAUAAAAUCAAUGUUUAUUUUGUGAAGGAAGUCAAUAAAUUCACAUAAUCAAGUGACACAAAAAUAUCUAGUUAAGAUAUUGGUCAUAGAGAACAGACCAUGCAAGAAAUUUCUAAUUCCAGAGUUUCAAUCAAAGGGCCCAUGACAUCUAGUUAAAAUUUAUUACAAGCCAGGAUCACAUAAGGUAUUUUGAGCGAUCCCAAACAUUUGUUUGCAGCUUCAAAUAAAAAGAUAAAACUCGAUAAAGCUGAGUCCUUAAAUACGAGUGUCAAGUCUUCCUUGUGUAAAUUAUUGAAAUUAUAUCAUUGA